CCUCGGAGGAAACUUUCCGGCGGCUGGUCCCUCGGCCCGUGUCCCGCCCGCGCUGCCGCGGCCUGGGAGCCCAGCGAGGCCGGAGGGGCUGCGGGACCGGAGCGGGCGGGGACGGGGGCCGGUGUAUGCGGCCGCGGGACGCGCCAGGGCUGGGCAGCCGGGAAGCGGGGCGCUGACGGCUGGCAGGGGAGCUGUCCCCCAGAACAGCAUGGAUGCCCCGCGAAGGGACAUGGAGUUGCUCAGCAACAGCCUGGCUGCCUACGCACACAUCCGCGCCAACCCAGAGAGCUUCGGCCUCUACUUCGUGCUGGGCGUCUGCUUCGGCCUGCUGCUCACCCUCUGCCUGCUCGUCAUCAGCAUCUCGUGGGCGCCGCGCCCGCGGCCCCGGGGCCCAGCUCAGCGCCGGGACCCCCGCGGCAGCACCCUGGAGCCCGAGGACGACGACGAGGACGAGGAGGACACAGUGACGCGGCUGGGCCCGGACGACACGCUGCCGGGCCCUGAGCUGUCCGCGGAGCCCGACGGGCCCCUCAGCGUCAACGUCUUCACGUCGGCGGAGGAGCUGGAGCGGGCGCAGCGGCUGGAGGAGCGCGAGCGGAUCCUGCGGGAGAUCUGGCGCACCGGGCAGCCGGACCUGCUGGGCACAGGCACGCUGGGGCCCAGCCCCACGGCCACGGGCGCGGGCACCCUGAGCCGCAUGCACUAUUACUGAUGGGCCCCGGCUCCAGCUGCAAGGCGCUGCGAGUGCCGGACUGCACAGGAGCACAGAGCUGCCCCAGACCUUCGGACUUCCUUGGCCCCCACGGCUCUCCGGUGCUACUGGGCGUGGACCGCCACCCCCUGAGAGGCUCCCUGCCCCAGUCCUGCCAGAAGACCCUGGGGGCGGGGGAGGGGGCAGGAUGCAGGGUCCCCACUCCCUCUCUGGGGGACGAUGAAGAGGUGAAGUGACCAAAUGAAAGAAAGCUGCAUUCUCAGUGA